AUGGGAGGCUCCAAGUCCAAAGGCACCAGCUCAAGUCCUGGGGCAGACACCACCUCUGAGUGCAGUGAGACCUCUGUGGCACGACUUAAAGGAUCCCGAAACGCAACACCCUUUGUCUUUACCAGAAGGAGCUCUUUGUACUUUGACGAAGACGGCGACCUCGCUCAUGAAUUUUAUGAAGAAACCGUCGUGACCAAAAACGGCAGGAAAAAGUCCAAAUUAAAAAGGAUACAGAAAAACCUAAUUCCCCAGGGCAUCAUCAAACUGGACAUUCCUUGUAUCCACGUAGACUUUCCCAUCAUUCUCUGUGAAGGCUGA